AUGGUGUCAAUAGAUAAAUCAUUAAAUUUGAACGAAGAGCGAAAGCACGCUUGGCGUUCCUUUGGCCUAAUUGUAUUGCUCAUUUCUAUCGAAGAGAUAUGGGAAGUGAUAGCGUUGAAUCACAUUUUCGGACCCAAUUUCGAUAUCUCAACUUGCAUGAGUUGGCUCCAGCAUGUAAACCAAGUUUUAUCGCAUACGCCGACUUCUAUAAUUUAUGAAUUAUCCUAUUUAAGUAUGAAAUGCUUAAGAACAUAUUUGAACAUGCAUUUAAAAAGUGAUAUAGCUGUUAAUGUGAAAAGCUGUCACCUUAAAAAGUUCAUCCAAGCUUAUAAAAACCUAUUAGAUGCGACUAACGACGCAAAUAAAGUUAUCAAAAUUAAGUUGUUUUUCGAUUUAGUGUUCGUCUUUGGCAGUGUCGUCACCGAUAUAAACUUAGUGUUUGCUGGAAUAAACCUAAAUGACUUAUACCUGACUUUUCUACCGUUGGUCACAGCAUUGACGACCAUUCUUCUGACAUUAGUGGGAGUGAUCUUCUUGGACCUCAGCCGCACAGAAUACGAAAAAAUCAAAACGGCUCUAGCUAUGGAGUUGAUAAAAUGCGAAGAUGCUGACUACCAUAAGGAGAUUAUGGCGACGGUGGAUUUUCUCGAGAUUCGGCCGCCGUGCUACACCCUUUGGAGGAUCUUCCCUUUGAACAUUAACCUCAUCUUUGGCUUCGUGAACUGUGCUAUUGUCUAUGCUAUAAUUAUACUAUCCUUCUUGUAA